AUGACUCUGAGGCCUCCUUCACACUUACGCAGGCAAGAGUCUACUACGGUACUACGGGCGUCUGUAUUUGAUGUCUUCGUUCAGCUGGGAGCACUGGAACAGAAUAGUCCGGUAGCCGAAUGGAUGUUUAGUGAUCCAGACAGCGAAGGCAAUGGUGCACGUACAGGUGGGGUUCGGUUUGCGGAGUCAAACACAGGCAGCAGGUUCAGGGAGCGGUUCGAUUGCGACUGCAGCUUUGGAGACUUGGAUGAUGGAAAUUCCCACAAGGAGCGCCUUGCCCGCUCGUCAUCCAGAGCAUCCCGUUUCCUUGCUCGGAUGCGGUCCAGGUCAAGGCCCAAGUCUGCCACCGCUAAACGGACUCAAAUUCCAGAGGUUAACCUCACUCCCCUUUCACUUGAACCUCCGAAAAGGAAGCGUACUAUGCUUCGUUUCAAGUCUCGAUCUCAUACCAAUCUUCGUGCAAAGGCUGAACAGGAUGCGACCCCCCCUCCCGUUCCACAGCUUACCCGAGCGAAGAGCGUCAGUUCGCCGCCGCAAACUCAGAAGCCACCCAGACAGUCGUUCUUCCGGUCUAAGACCCAGCCAUAUGGUCCGCCUGAUGAAACCGCCUCCGUAAGCGAAAACUGGGAAGAAAUAUCGCCGUUAUCCACACCGAGUCCGUCGGAGGACGACACUCAAGCCAGCACGAGUGUUGAAAAUCCAUUCCUCUAUGGAUUACCAGGAAACACUGUCGUUUUCCCUACUUCUGACGACAGCCAUUCCCCCCUUUUUCGUUCAUUUUCCGAGGCGGUCGAUUCUGCGAGGCGAUUACACAUCUUUCCCGCUCGGCGGACGCAGUCCAAACCAGAGCCACUUCCGAAUCGCAUCAGUUCUAUUUCCUUUGACACCCCAAUAGCCGGUGCUUUGUCUGCUUCCCACACACAGUCUUUUCAUAGGUAA